ACUUCUGCUUUGAGAGUGCUUGGCAACACAUUUCAUCGUUUUUCUUGAUUCUUUCAGAAAAAAAUGGCGGAGGCCGUCUUUUCUGCGUUACUCGGCGUCCUGUUUGACCGUCUGGCGUCUCCUGAGUUGCUCAACUUUUUUCGCCGAGAGGGACUUUAAGAAAAGGUUGACAAGUUGAGAAAAAUGCUGUCCAAAAUUGAAGCAGUGCUUGAUGAUGCGGAGGAGAAGCAAGAUAAUCGCGUGGCAGUGAAAAAGUGGCUCGAUGAUCUCAGAGACUUGGCUUAUGAUGCGGACGACGUACUGGAUGAGUGUGCAACGGAAGCUCUGCGACGCAAGGUGAUGGGAGGAGAUGAUCAGGCCACCACAAGUAAGGGAAUCAAACGCAAGUUUGCUUCUUUAGUAACUAGUUUCACUCUAAGUGCUGUUUUGAUCAACACGAGGCUGGGGUCAGAGAUGGAGGGGAUCACUGCUCAAUUCGACAACAUGGUGAAGCAAAAAGAUGAUCUGAAGUUGAGUGAAAAUGUUAGUAGGAGGUCAUCCGCAAGAAGUCAGACAGUGGCCCCAACUUCUGUAGUGACCGAGGCUCAUGUUUAUGGCAGGGAAAAAGAUAAAGAGGCUUUACUUCAAUUUUUGGUGGGCGAAAAACGUAGUGAUGCUCAACUCUCUGUGCUUGCGAUACUUGGUAUGGGUGGUAUGGGUAAGACUACUCUUGCUCAGCUUGUGUACAACGAUGAACAAGUGCAAAGCUUUUUUGAGCUCAAAGCAUGGACUUGUGUUUCAGAAGAUUUUGAUGCUAUUAAGGUGACCAAAACAGUUCUACAAUCUGUCAAAGGAAGCAGUGAUGACCAUGAUCUGAAUUUGUUGCAAGUCAAUCUAAAGGAGAAACUGAAAGGAAAGAAGUUUUUAGUUGUUCUGGAUGAUCUUUGGAAUGAGAACUACCAAGACUGGACUCGUCUACGUGCUCCUUUUGAAGCAGGGGCUCCGGGAAGUACGAUUCUCAUCACUACUCGCAAUCAUGGAGUUUCAUCAAAGACGGGUACCAUUCCAGCUUACUCUUUGAAUGAAUUGUCAAAUGAUUUUUGUUUGUCUAUAUUGGCCCAUCAUGCAUUGGCUACAGAAGAUUUCAAUGCACAUGUGAACCUCAAAGAUAUUGGUGAGGAACUCGCUAGAAGAUGCAAAGGCUCUCCUUUGGCUGCGAAGGUACUUGGAGGCGUCUUACGCAAUAAAGUAGAUCGUGAUGAGUGGGAAGACGUAUUGAAUAGCAAUAUAUGGGAUGUAACAGAAGUGAAAAAUGAAAUUUUUCCACCUCUUAUGUUGAGCUAUCACCAUCUCCCUUCACAUUUAAAGAGGUGUUUUGCGUAUUGUUCAAUAUUCUCCAAGGACUACGUAUUUGAAGAGAAGCAGUUGGUUCUACUAUGGAUGACAGAAGGUUUAAUUAAGCCGCGGGAAGGGAGAAAGCAAAUAGAAGAUUUGGGUAGGGAGGAUUUUCGCAAUCUAUUGUCGAGGUCAUUUUUCCAACGAUUGUUCAACGAUGAAUCAAGAUUUGUAAUGCAUGACCUCAUCAAUGAUUUGGCUCAACAGGUUGCAGGAGACAUAUGCUUUAGAAUGGAAGACAAAGUUGGGGGUAAUAAUGAAGGGAAACCUUCUAGAAAGGCUCGGCAUUCAUCUUACUUGGGUAGUGAAUAUGAUGGCAUUAAAAAAUUUGAGGUUUUUAAUGAUCUCACGUGUUUACGAACCUUCCUGCUUCUUGCGGUUUCAAAUGGAAAUUUGUCUCGUAAUGUUCUUUUUAAAUUGUUGCCAAAAUUAAGACGAUUAAGGGUACUCUCUUUGAAUGGAUACGACAUAUAUGAGUUACCAAAAUCAAUUGGUGAUUUGAAGCAUCUAAGGUUCUUCGACCUUUCUCACACUAAAAUAAGAAGCUUGCCCGAAUCAGUAUGCACUCUUUACAAUUUACAGGCAUUGAUAUUGGAGAGUUGCUAUUCUCUAAAGAAAUUGCCUUCAACAUUUGGUAACCUACUCAACUUGCGACAUCUCAACAUUCAAGGAGCAGAUGCAUUGGAAGGAAUGCCUCUGCAAAUCAGUAAAUUAACUUGUCUCCAGACAUUGUCUCAUCUAAUUGUUGGAAAAGAUAGUUGUUCUGGGGUAAAAUUAUUAGGGCCUUUGUUGCAUCUUCGAGAUACACUUUGUAUUUCCAGAUUGGAAAAUGUAAUUAAUCAUGAGGAUGCAAGGGAUGCUAAGUUAUUUGAAAAGAAAAAUCUCUCUGGGGUGUCAUUUGAAUGGAAUCGGAACAUAGAUGAGUCACACGACAGAGCACAAGAAUUAGAAGUACUUAACAUGCUAAAACCUCAUGAGGGGCUGAAAGAGCUCACCAUCAGCAACUAUGGUGGUACAGAAUUUCCAAUGUGGCUAAGAGUUCCUUCAUUUUCUAAUAUGGUUCUCUUGAAGAUUGAAAGUUGUGCAAAGUGCACAUCAUUGCCAGCAGUGGGCAAAUUACCAUCACUCAAAGAGGUUUUCAUUAGAGGCAUGGGCAAUGUGAAAAAUAUUGGUCGCGAGUUUUAUGGGGAAGAUUGCUCACAACCUUUUAGAUCCUUGGAAACUUUGCAUUUCAAGGAUAUGCAGAAGUGGGAGAACUGGAUUCCUUGUGAAGAAUUCCCAAAACUGUGUAAACUUUCUUUUAAAUGGUGUCCAAAAUUGAUGGGUAAGUUACCAAACCAUCUUCCUCUAUUAGAAAGUAUUGUGAUAAAGAAUUGUGGGCAGUUGAUGGUUUCAAUUUCCAACUUUCCAGAGCUUUGCAAACUAGAAAUUGGGGGUUCGAAAGGGGUGGUAUGUGGAAAUAAGGUCGACUUCAGCACACUAUGCUUUUCAUCUCUUUCAACAAUUUCAGAAUUUGCAUGUCAAAUAGAAGGGUUCACUAUGGGAGGACUAACAAAAUUUGAAUAUUUAGAUAUUGAGCACUGUAUGAAGUUGACGAAUGUGUGGUUAAGUGACGUGGCAUUACUACAACAUCUCCCAUAUCUUAGUGUUAUUAGGAUUAGUGAUUGUCCCAAACUAGUUUCUUUGGUGGAAAAAGAAGUAGAAGAGCAGUUACAACUGAGUUUGCCAUCCAAAUUGAGAGAAGUUAUGAUAACAAGUUGCGAGAGCUUAGAAUCUUUACCCAAGGCAAUGAUGGACAACAGCAUGCAUCUUGAGAAGGUUUAUCUUUCAUCCUGUAAUUCACUGACUCACUUUUCAAUAGGGCAACUACCUCCAACUCUAAAGCAGCUAACGAUAGGGCUGUGCAGCAACAUGCAGAUUUUGGUGGAUGGGGAUGAUAUCAACAAAUGUGGUAGCAGCAGCAAAUCUCUUCUUGAGUACUUGGAUAUUUCCUAUUGUUCAUCCCUCAAAUCCUUAAACUCAAGUGGAGAAUUACCUGCAACACUUAAACACCUCAAAAUUCAUUAUUGUAGUACGUUGGAGUCGAUAGCGAAGAGCUUCCAUGACAACUCGUCUCUUGAAGUCAUUGAGAUCUCAUGGUGUAAUGGCCUUAAAUCCUUACCCAUGGGCAUACACAACCUCAGCCAUCUACAUCAUUUUUUUAUUGAUAGUUGUCUAAUUCUUGAUUCCUUCCCGGACGGCUGGCUGCUCCCUACCAACCUGAAAGCACUUACGAUUUGCGAAUGUAAGAAAAUGCAAGCUUUGCCUAACUGCAUGCACAACCUCACCUCUCUUCAAGAAUUGAAAAUAUGGGGUUGUCCAAGCAUUUUAUCAUUUCCGGAAGUAGGUUUCCCCACCAACCUAACAUCACUUACUAUCUAUACUAUGGCGUCGUUUAAUGAGGCCAUUUUUGAGCGGGAAUUGUCUGAGCUUGCCUCUCUUAAAGAACUUGUAAUUCAUGGUAACUCUUCGCAUCUGGUGUCCUUUCCUGAGGUGAUGCUACCUGCCUCUCUAACAAGCCUCACCAUUGAAGGCUUCCCGGAUCUGGAAUGCAUGUCUUCCAAAUGCUUUCAAUUGCUCGCCUCUCUUGAAGAAUUAAGUAUCGAGUGGUGUGAAAAGCUCACGUCCUUUGUAGAGGAUGGCCUGCCUUCCUCACUCACGAGUCUUUCUAUCAGAUUUUGUAAUAACCUCACGGCCUUUCCAGAGUAUGGCCUGCCUCCGUCACUCGUGAGUCUUUCUAUUGUAUUUUGCAAAAAUCUCACUUCCAUUCCAGAGGUUGGACUGCCUCCCUCACUCACAAGUCUUUUUAUCUCUAAUUGCAAAAAGUUCACGUCCUUUCUAGAGGUUAGGCUGCCUCCCUCACUCACGUAUCUUUCUAUCCACAACUGUGAAAAGCUCACGUCACUUCCGAAGUUUGGCCUCUCUCCCUCACUCACGUAUCUUUCUAUCCACAACUGUGAAAAGCUCACAUCCUUUCCAGAGGAUGGACUGCCUCUCUCACUCCUGCAACUUAAAAUUGGUCAGUGUCCUCUGUUGACAGAACGCUGCAAAGGACAAGAGUGGUUCAAGAUAGCUUACAUCCCUCAUGUUAGGAUUGAUGGUGCAUCCUUCUACAAACUAGAAGAGGAGAGUCAGUGAAUCCAAGUUUCGUUUAGAUGCAAGUCAAGUUUCAAGAAAUAAAUUGACCAAAUAAAUUCGAAGGAUCACAGGUGUUUGAUAAAAUGUCCAAGUGACCACGAAGAGAAAGGAGAAAUAUUGAGUUUUUCAUUACUAAUUGGCAUAUUGCUGGUUAUUACAUAUUUUACCAAUCAUAGAUGAUUCAAAAUGCUGGUGCAAAUUCUUACAACUUUCUAAGUGCUACCUGAUAUACCCAUGUGGAACCGUUGUUUGUUCUUCUGUUGCUAAUGUGUUGUCUUCUGUCUUUAUUUUGCAAUAUUGGUUUCCAAUUUUGGUAUGUUUUUCUAGUCCUUUUUCCCCUCUUUGUAUUUUUUUCUCAGUAACCAAGAGAUGCAUUAAUGGACAAAGGAAUAUUGUAAACAUUUUUUUGGUGAAUUAUUUUUUGUCAGUGGUGGUACAAUGUUUUUAUCUGCAUAAAAGUAUUACUCAAUCAGAUAAACAAAGGGCUUGCCCAUCUUGACUUCUCC